GAGAAACAAAACGGCUAGAAAGCAAGUCAAUCCCAGUCGCAGCGGCGAUAUCCAUGACCCGCACUUCCAGGGAGUCGCAUUCCGGAUGAACGCAGAGCUGAAUGGCAGCAGGCAACAGUGUCAGCUCCGCAUCACAUCCAAGUACAGCAAGGUGCUCUGCAGGAGCUUGUGGAAACGCAGGAGGAGGACUCAAACAUCACGAACGACCAGCAACUCUGAGGAAGACAGUGAACCGAGUGCCUCGGGGGUCAAAGUUUGUGCGUCGUGCUGUACCAGAAAGACCCCCAUGUGGAGAGAUGCAGAAGAUGGGACCCCUCUCUGCAACGCUUGCGGCAUAAGGUACAAAAAGUACAGGGUACGCUGUGUCAACUGCUGGCAUAUCCCGAGAAAGGAAAGCAACUCCAACUCACACUGUCUCAAGUGUGGACAUUUUGUGAGAGUGACCUCCACUCAGUACAAACACACCACCUAAGGAGUACAUCUACUCCCCCCCCCACCCCCCACUUCAUACCGAGCUGUGCAAACUCAUGAACACCUUCAUUUACAUGUUGUAAAUUCACCACGACAUGAGAAAUCGCCAUUGCAGCGUUCACGGCCAGCAGCACAAGUGUCUCUCUAUCCUUACAUUCGCUUCAGUAUUGCAAAGUUGCUCUGAUGCCUAAUUCCGCGCCAACUCAAAGGCGCAUCAGAGUAAACAAAUACUGCCGGUUAAAAAGAAUAAUAAUUUAAAAAACAAAGCUCUUAAAUUCGCUACAUUCACAGAAGGAAGAUGUCCAUCUAUGAAAACACUUUAGAGUGUAAAUGUUUGUUGUGGCUGUUAAGUUAAAGAUCUAAAUUAACGUUUGAGCGGAUCUUUGGGGAGAAAUGCGAUGUCAAUCAUGAAGCUGCAAAUGUCUCAAAACAUGGAAUGCUGGUGCAUUCAUCUGCCAUUUACUGCAGAAACUCUCUCGACCUAACAGCCAAAUUGUGUUUUGUGGCACUCAGUAAUUUCUUUUUUUUUGUUUGUCAAUGUGUGCAUUGGGGUGGUUUUUUUUCUUUAUUUGGGUUGAGUGUGGUUUUGGGGUGGUACUUUAUGACUAGUUUAUGUCACUGGUUUUCUUGGUGUGCAUGUUUGUGAGGAUAUAAAAAGGCAAUUUUGUUGUGAACGUUGUUGUUGUUCUGGAUUAAAAGAUGUGUGAAUAGCCCGUUGUUGCCUCAUUUGGAGCACAGAUCCAAUAUUCGAAGCACAUUAAUUACAGUCAUCUAACAGGAGGGUUGGUAUAUUUAGUACCGUAGGACAAAUUGCAAACACACGAGCGGGAGGGAAGCGGUGUGCGUUAAACACGUCACCGUUCUGUGAGCCCACAUGCAGUGUGGAGCUCUCGCCACAGUGGGUGGCCUCACAUGGACGGAUGCUGCGCAAACUAUUGUUUGAUAAAACCUAUGACGUCCUUCUAUAAUUCCAAACAGCUGAAGCGACUUUCCUUUUCUCUUGACUUUGCCAAAACAUCCACCAAGGACGAGCGCCAAAAGGAAAUGAGCUGAAUGAGCCAAGAACAUUAAAAAAGAAAAACACGGGCCUGUUCAAAUCAAGGUUUUAUUUUAAAAUCAAGCAUCAUAAUCCACCAAACACCUGCUGUGUUCAUUUCGAACAUCAAAUAUAAACAACGGUUACGGC